UUUCUCCAUUUUCCUCGGUCCAUCCUCCCUCUAUCUCUCUCUCUCUCAAGCCUUCUUGCUGCCCGUCUUGCCCUCUUUGAUUUGGGUCCGUUCUUUUCCGUAGUUUUCUUUUCAUCUCUUGAUCGUCUCUAGCGGUUGAUUUAUUUACUAAUCCGUCUCUAGCGGUUGAUUUGUUUACUAAUCCAUCUGGAUUUGAGAUUUUUUUUGGCCUAGAUUUUCGAAUUGAUGUAUUUUCGUUCAUGUGAUUCGAGUUGCUUCUGAUUUGUGGGUUUUUUUCUUUUCUUAUUUCCCAUAUUUCAAAUCCAAGCUUCUGGGUUCUAUUCUUCGAGUAUUUUCGGUGAUUGAUUUGUGGGCAUUCACUGCGGAUAUGGUUACAGUAAACCUUGGGAUUCUUCAUUAUGUAUUGGAUCACAUCUAUGGUGCAUUCGUCCACCGAACAAAAAUCAGCCCACCAUUCUUCUCCAGAGGAUGGGGAGGUAACAAGCUCGAUUUGCUUGAGAGCAUGAUCAAGCAGCUCUUCCCAGAUCCAGAAGUCGCUGGCCAGAACUGGACUCCAAAUUUGGUUCAGCCCAUAUGGAAAACCGUCUGGGAGACCAAGACCGCUUGCCUGAGGGAAGGUGUUUUCAGGACGCCGUGCGACGAGCAGCUGAUUGAUGCAUUGCCCCCGGAGAGUCACAAUGCAAGGGUCGCUUUUCUUACACCAAAGUCUGUCCCACCGCAGAGGAUGGCCUGUGUGGUUCAUCUUGCAGGAACUGGAGACCAUACAUUUGAGCGGAGGCUGCGUCUAGGUACUCCAUUGUUGAAGGAAAAUAUAGCAACCAUGGUGCUUGAGAGCCCUUUCUAUGGACAGAGGCGUCCUAUGUUGCAGCGUGGUGCGAAGCUUCUUUGCGUGAGUGACUUGCUUUUGCUGGGGAGAGUCACCAUUGAGGAAGCUCGGAGUCUGUUAUACUGGUUGGAGUAUGAGGCUGGCUUUGGCAAGACAGGUGUAUGUGGACUUAGCAUGGGUGGUGUACAUGCUGCAAUGGUUGGAUCACUGCAUCCAACUCCUGUUGCUACACUCCCAUUUCUCUCUCCCCACUCUGCUGUUGUGGCAUUCUGUGAAGGAAUACUAAAGCAUGCUACUGCAUGGGAGGCACUGAGAGAAGAUGGAGCAGCACAGAAGGCUGCACUGACACUCGAGGAAGUGAGAGAAAGGAUGAGAUCUGUGCUGUCACUCACAGAUGUUACACGUUUUCCAAUCCCCAAGAAUCCUCAAGCUGUUAUCUUUGUUGCAGCUACUGAUGAUGGAUACAUACCAAAGCACUCAGUUCUGGAGCUUCAAAGAGCUUGGCCGGGUUCAGAAGUGAGAUGGGUGACAGGAGGUCAUGUGUCAUCCUUCAUCCUCCACAAUGAUGAAUUUCGCAGAGCUAUUAUGGAUGGGCUAAACAGGUUGGCAUGGAAAGAGUCUCCCUUGUAACAAAAGCACCAAAGUUGAUGGGCUUGCAUUUAUCUUCUUGGGAAAUUGACUAAUUCAUUUCAUCAAACAUGUAAAUGAAGCUAAUCCUCAAUUCCUCGUGCACCCUGACAGGGAAGGAAAUAUUGGGUGCUCUGUAAGCUUGUAUUUGUUAUGUAUUACAGUGAAAAUACAAGGGGAAAAGCUCAUUUAAGGCAAAGAGUAAGCUUGCAGGCUUGUUUGAUAUGUAACUCUGAUCUCAAUUCUCAAUCAAUGUUUUGAUGGGUAACUUUGGAUUGUGUCAACCUCGUGGUUAUGACAAACAACCUAUUGAAUUAUGGCUUUAGUUCACAUGUAAAAUGUUUACUGAUCGAUAAUAUAUAUGUGAAUAUCAUGGUAUGAUUUCUACUGUCA